AUGUUUAAUUUACCAUCGGAAACUAGAAGUGUGAGGGAUUAUAUCGAUACCAUGGAGGAUAUAAGAAACCUCGGAAUAUUCAAGAAUUUUGAUAAUUUUGAAAAAAAACAUACUCCAACAAUUGUCGUAUUCGGUGAUCAAUCAUGCGGUAAAAGUUCCCUAAUGCAAAGGUUUACCGGUGGCUUACCAGUGCCAAUUGGAACCUCGUUAUGUACAAGAGCACCUUUCGAAAUACACAUGAUACAAUCCGAAGAACCAAUACGUAAAAUCACUUUACGUUACGUAGAGGACAGAAAUCAUAUGGAAAUAACACCAAGAGAGGUGGAAUUCGCCGAUUUAACGAAUUCGUAUAGAUCGGAUAUCGAAAGAAAAUUGCGUGAUGCUCAACGUUAUGCACAAAACCCAAGUAUUAAAGAUAUCAAGACGCGAUUGCCUGAACCAAAUCAUGAUGAGUUACCCUUUACAAAAAAUGCUGUAUGUCUUAUAAUUGGUGGACCCGCGCAAUAUUAUAAUAUUUCCUUGGUUGAUUUACCAGGAUUCGUGCGAAACGUUGAAAAUAACGAAAAGUUUAUUAUUUCCUUGGUAAAGGAAUAUAUUAAUAGAGACUCGGCUAUUCUGAUUCCAAUAAUUCAAGCAACCGCCGAUAUUUCUACGCAGUGCGCUUUGCUACUUGCACUUGAAGCAGAUCCAAAUGGUUUGCGUACGGUAGGUGCCUUGACAAAAAUUGAUCGUAUCAUCGAAUACCCAAAUGAUGAAGACAAGCAUUUGGAACUCGCCAAAUUAGUAAAAAGUAAAGGAGAACAUCAAAUUGUAAAAGGUGUUCAUCAAAUUGUAAAUGGUGUUUAUGUUAUAAGAAAUAGAUCUAACGUAGAACCAGAAGAUUCAGAUGAUACAUUGGAAAGUGAUACGAUUAGGGAACUUAAAAAACAAAAAAGUUGGAAAGAUGUACCAACCAAUAUGUUUGGCUUACAAAAUUUGGUCAUGAAAUUAAUCGAAUUACAAGAAGAGUGUCAUAAACGAACUUGGCCAAAAAUACGACCCAUUUUGGAAGAUUGUAGAGAUGAAUUUGAAAAAAGAUUAAAUAGCCUUCCGCAUAAAUCUAUUGAAAAUCCAAUCAUACGUUUCUCGGAAUUAAUUGGAAAAUUUGACAAAUUGUUCACCUCUCACGCAAAUGCCGAACAUGUAGAUCAUAAGUUAUAUCGUGGACAACAAUGGAACUUUGGUCAAUUUGAUCAAGCAUUAUUAAAAACUCGUCCAAUAUAUUUACUCUCGUUUGACGGAGGGAGUACGAUGGCCGAAAUUUUUGAUCCCAUUAAGCCUGGUGCAUUACAAUACCGUGGAUGGUCAAAUACUUUAAUGGAAGAAAUUCGAGCUACAAAUUGGGAAGAAAUUGAUUUUAACAAUUCUGAUGGCAAUUCAAAAUAUAUGUGGUCAAUGGAUAAACUUUAUGAAGUUGUGCAAGACAAACAAGGAGGUUUAUUGGUUGGUUAUUUUCCAUAUAAAGCGGUAGUUUCUAUUGUCGGAAAGCAUCAAGAGGAAUGGCUUUCGAUUUCUACCAAACUCUUGAAUAAAAAUCACGAUUGGGUUGCUAGUUAUACUGAUGUGCUAAUAGAUGAUACUUUUAAAGAAUUUCCGGAUGUCAUUGGAGAAAUCAAAAACGUUUUACAUGAUCUACUAAGAAAAUGCAAAGAUGAAACAUUAAAACAUCUUAAAGAUCUUGAAGAGAUGGAACAUAUGUCAGCUAGUAGGGCUCUUUAUGUAACUGAUGAAGCCAGCCUUCUGAAAAAGCAAUCAGAGUAUUUUAUCAAGCUUCGAAUUUUGGCAGCAGGCUCAAAACGAACGAAUCAAGACUUAAAAGCAGUUCUUGAAUUAGGUUCUAAAUUGUUUGACAUGAUGUAUGAUAAGGACGUUAGUGAUAAUGACUUUGAUAAAGUAAAAACCGAUUUAAUCGAUUUAAUCGAUAAUAUUUCUGAGCGUGAAGACUUUAAUGACGAGUCAGCUAAAAAGUUAAUUGGAGAAAUAGAAAAACUUGAUCUUGCAACAAAUGCGUCGCCAUCAUCUACUACUCUAUCUACGAUGUUGUCGAUAAAAAAUUCAUAUUUAGAUAGAUUAAUUCGUGUAAUUCCCGAAUCUGACGAUUCUAGAAAUCAUAGCAUUCUAAAGAAUACCAUCAAGGAACAUGCUUUCCUUGCUGCUACGGGUGCUUUAGCAUAUUGGAAAAUGUCACAUUCAAAAUUUCGAGAGAUCGUACCACGUAUAGUAGAAUAUUAUCUCGUACAUCAAUUCGCUAUACGUUUAGGAAUGCAUUUACGUACCCAUUUCAGACUAUUAGGAGUAGAAUCGACAAAUCCAGUAUAUCCAACCAACAAAAUAGACUUGGAGAGUUUAUUAGGUGAAGACCCGUCAGUCGCUAAAAAUCGUGCAGAAUGGCAAAAGAAUAUUAAUGCUCUUAAUGGUAUUAUUGAUCGAGUUCGAAAAGUUUCUGCAGGAAGUUAUUAUCGUAACCAAAAUAAUCACCAUAGAGAUAAUCGAAGUCGUGAUCGUGGUCGUGGUCGUGGACAGAGAACUCCACUAUUUUAA